AUGCGCAAUUUACUCUUCCUCGCUUGGCUUGCGUUGUCAACAUUCGUUCUACUCCAACCUACCUCUGUCGCUCAUGCCACUGGGACCAACUCCACCCCUUGGGCGACCGCCACACCUGGCCUGCCUGGGCGACAACAUCAUCAAGACGAUUCAACAGCGGAGAUGCUCAAGAUCAAGAGGAAGGUCCCGACCAUCGAGGUCCACAAAGACACAUCCAAGAUGGACCAGGUCCCCAUCCACCACCUCAAGAACACGUUGGUCAAGGCACACGAACUGUUGGCGAUCAUUGGAAUGUGCAGGCCAAUUGACGCAUUCUUGAACGAAUUCGUUAUCCCUCGAGAUGCAGACGCGAGGAUAUGGCUGAUAAUGCUUUGCGUUCAGCUGCUGACUUGGCCGGAUAAAGACGCCGUGGUGGACCUCAAGGCAAUGAUUGACUUGCCUGCUGCAGAGGGCGAUGAGGGCUAA